AGAAUGAUUUGAAUGCUUGCAUUAUGCUCCUUGAUAUAUACCUACCUAUUUCUCAAAGCAAGUAACGCCUAUCGAUGCCUCAGGCUUACUUACUGCUGAAAACCAUCGUACCACUCGAUGGGGUCGGCGGGGGAAAGCUUGGGCCUGUGGUAGCUCCCAGCUGGGCCUUGGCAUAACAAACGACGUCAAUCUGUUGACGUAUGAUCCAACCUAGCUGACUGCAGGCACGCACCUCGGUCCCCCAAGUGACACCACCAUCUUUAUCCUCGUCACAACAAAAACCACACACCCACUCAUAAGUAUCUCGACACAUCCAACAAACCAAUCGACUAAAAUAUUCCUCGUCUUCAAAAUGCUUCGCCAGUCAUUUACCAAGGUUGCCAGACCCGCUGUCAGGCUUUCAAACGCCCGCGUUGCCUUCUCGACGUCAGCAAUCAGGAUGGCCGAGGGUGAUCUCGGGUCUACCCCCAAGACUGGUGGCGGAGACGCCUUCCAGAAGCGUGAACGCGCGCAGGAGGACUACGCCAUCCGCCAGCGUGAGAAGGAAAAGCUUCUCGAGCUCAAGAAGAAGCUCGCCGAGCAGCAAGCUCACCUGAACAAGCUUUCCGAGCACAUCGACGAGCUCACAAAGAGUCAGGGAGGCGAGCAGAACUAAACAGCUAUUCUUCCAAUGGUUGCCAGGGACUAGUUUUGACUCCGUUCAAGCUGCUGCUCACAGGAGCACCUGUAAGAGAUUUAGGGAACAGAAUUACCGAAGAUUGCAAUUCUGACAUCUUGACAUCAACAGCUCUCCUCCAUCAUAUAGCCCAUUUCCCUAACUAGUUUUGUACAUAAUUCGCGUGUAACAAUCAGCUUUGCCUUUUGCUUGCCUUUCUCUUGUACCCUACGAACGUCCUGUGGAAUUUAAGAGGUCAUGCAUUUGACAAUCGAGACGAGUAGAGUCCACGAAUAUGCACGCUCCAAAUCCUCUGAUAUCUGCUUAAC